AGAGAGAGAGAGAGAGAGAGAGAGCUGGUGACUCCGAGACAGAGAGAGAGAGAGAGAGAGCUGGUGACUCCGAGACAGAGAGAGCGAGAGAGAGAGAGAGAGAGAGAGAGAGAGAGAGAGAGAGAGAGAGAGAGAGCUGGUGACUCCGAGACAGAGCCCAACUGCCAGACUGAGUAAGGAUGUUGGGCCUCCUCCUGUGUGUGAGUUCCCUCCUCCUCCCCCGUUCCCUCGCCCAGGGAUCAGGGCCGAGGGUGCGCCUGGCGGGUGAGAGGCGGGGCCCCAACGAGGGUCGUGUAGAGGUGUUCUAUAACGGGGCGUGGGGGACGGUGUGUGAUGACGAGGUGGAUAUUAACCUGGCCAACGUGGUGUGUCGAGAGCUGGGCUUCUCACGCAGUCUCACCUGGGCUCACAGCUCUAAGUUUGGAGAAGGACAAGGUCUGAUCUGGUUGGAUAACGUGCACUGCAUGGGGACGGAGCUCUCCCUGGCUGACUGUCACUCCAACGGCUGGGGGAUAAAUGACUGCACCCACUCUGAGGACCUGGGAGUCGUCUGUAGCACCCAGAGGAGGGUUGACUACUCCACUAACCACGUAGAGGGCUCCCUGGCCGUCCCAGUGGCCUCGGCCCGACCACAGAGGAUCCCCAACCUCUCCUCACCGCCACGUCUAUCCACAGUCCAAGACAGGGUGCCCCCUCCUCCCCCUGCUCACAUCACAUCCCCCGGGAGAAGGGGUCAUGAGAUCGCCCUCCACCGCAGCACCCCCAGAAGUCAGGGUCAAAGUUCACGGCAACAGCGUCGGGGUCAUGAUAUCCACUUGCGUACCCGGAACGGCCAGAGUCAGGCGGGAGGGGAGGCCAGGACGAGACAGGAGAACCCGGCCGUGCCCCAGGGGCAUCAGAUCCCCCCCCGGCUGGGGAAUGGUGCAGCCUACAGGCAGGCCCAGGAGGUGGGGCGGACCGGACCACAGGCGGCCAGAUGGGGGGCAGAGAUCACCAGGCAGCCCAGUGGGAACCAUGUUGAACCAGAGGCCGAAAUCCCCAACGUGGGCCUGGAGACAGACAUCACAGAUGGACAGGCGGCCAGUAAGGUGAGGCUGGAGGAGGUACGUCUCCGGCCCGUUCUGACAGGCGUCCGCACAGGCCUGCUGUCAGAGGGUGUUUUGGAAGUGAAGCAUGCUGGGAGGUGGCGUCACGUGUGCGACCUGGGCUGGGACCUCAGCAGCAGCCGUGUGGUGUGUGGCAUGCUGGGAUACCCCUCCGCCGAGGCAUACGACCACACCGUCUACAGGAAACUAUGGGACGCCAAGUUGGCAGAUCCCUCUACAAGACUAGCAGGUCUGUCCAGUAAGAAGGGUUACUGGGUAGAGCAGGUCAAGUGUUUGGGUACGGAACCUGUCCUCUCCCAAUGCCACUCCCAGCUCUCCCUCCCCAGGAACCAGGUCACCUGUCAGGGGGGCAUGCACGCCGUGGUGCGCUGUGUACCUGGACACCAGUUCACACGCCUCUCCUCGGGGAGACCCCCCACUCCCCCCGCCGUCCAGCUGGGGGUGCGUCUGAAAGCAGGCCCCAGGCUGGGGGAGGGCAGGGUGGAGGUACUGAGAGAGGGGAAGUGGGGGACCGUGUCGGACCACCUGUGGGACCUGAAGGCAGCCAGCGUGGUGUGCAGGGAGCUGGGGUUCGGAUCGGCCAAGGAGGCCCUCAACAAGGCCCAGCUGGGACAGGGUACUGGACCUAUUCAUAUGAACUCAGUUCAGUGUACAGGCAGAGAGAAGUCUCUGCUGCAGUGUUCUUUCAGGGAGGUUCCUCUCUAUAGUGUAAAACACACUAAUGACGUGGCUGUGCGCUGCAACGUCCCCAACACUGGGCUGGAGACCACGGUGCGGUUGGCGGGGGGCAGGGAGCCUGCAGAGGGGCGUGUGGAGGUGCUGAUGGAGGUGGGAGGAGUGCAGCGCUGGGGGGCCGUCUGCAGUGAGAACUGGGGCAUCAACGAGGCCAUGGUGGUGUGCAGACAGCUGGGCUACGGCUUUGCAAACAGAGCACACCAGGAGACGUGGUACUGGCCCGGAGCUCCGGAGGCAGCAGAGGUGGUUCUGACUGGAACCCACUGCAUCGGUACAGAGAUGUCCAUACAGCAGUGUCGUAGGAACACACAGGUCUACUGCCCCAGGGGAGGAGAGGGCAAGGCGGCUGGGGUCACCUGUGUUGAGACGGCCCCUGACCUGGUAUUAGAUGCCCAGUUGGUCCAGGAGACAGCCUACCUGGAGGACCGCCCCUUGCACCUCCUGACCUGUGCCAAUGAGGAGAACUGUCUAUCAUCCUCUGCUGCCCGGAUGAGCUGGCCUUACGGACACAGACGCCUGCUACGAUUCUCCUCACGCAUCAUGAACUUGGGCCGGGCCGACUUCAGACCUAGAGCGACCAGGGAGUCCUGGACCUGGCACCAGUGUCACAGGCACUACCACAGCAUUGAGGUGUUCACCCAUUAUGACCUUCUGACCUUGAAUGGAACUAAGAUCGCUGAGGGUCACAAAGCCAGCUUCUGUCUGGAGGACACCUACUGCCCCGAUGGUAUCCAGAAGCGCUACGCGUGCUACAACAUGGGAGAGCAGGGUAUCCAGGUAGGUUGCUGGGAUACGUAUCGCCAUGACAUCGACUGUCAGUGGAUCGACAUCACCGACAUCAGCCCCGGGGAGUACAUCUUUCAGGUUGAAGUGAACCCCUCGUUGGACAUGGCUGAGUCAGACUUCCAGAACAACGUGAUGCGUUGUCGCUGCAAGUACGAUGGAGGACGGGUCUUCAUGUUCGGCUGCCAUGCAGGUGAUGCAUACAGUCCAGAGGUGGAGGAUCUGUUUGAGCACCAGCGUCAGAUCACCAACAACUUCCUCUAACCAACGGAACAACAGAAGAACCAAUGGGAGAUCUCCAUCCAACAGAACAACGAAUGAGAGACUUCAGAACAACCAAUCAACCAAUGGGAGUUCUCAGGGCAGAGCUUUGGAACCACAGCUCAUCUCAACUUACCCAAUAAGGGGAGAGGAGCCGGAGGAGAACCAGGAAGCCAGGGUUGGAAUGGACUGUGGGAGGGAGGGGGGAGGAAGGAAGAGGGGAGGGGGGAAUUGUUUCUGAAAAGGUCAAAGAAAGAAUCACCUGAACAUCAAGCAAUCAUCGCACCUUCACCAUCGCUAACCAUGUCUCUGAGAGAGAGAGAGAGAGUAUAGACAGAGACGUAUCCAGGACUUUUGGGUAGUUGUGACACGUUUUUCAGUUGGAAUCGAACCGUAUCAAGCUGUCACGUGUCAGGUGUCACCAUGGUAACAGGAUUUAGAUUAAAGUAGAGAUGCUUGUCUUGAAACAAAAAAUUAUGCGCAACAUGGAGUUAUUUACAGAUUUGAAAUGACGGAAAAACAACAAGAUAGUUCCCUAAGAUUCAGACAUACUAUGGUUAUGUAGCACAGGAGGCUGGUGGCAUCUUAAUUGGGGAGGAUGGGCUGAUAGUAAUGGCUGCAACGGAAUUAAAUGGAAUCGAAUCGAACACACCAAACACGUGGUUUCCAUAUGUUUAAUACCAUUCCAUUCACUCCAUUCCAGCCACUAUUAUGAGCUGUCCUCCCCUCACCAGCCUCCUGUAAUAUGUAGGAAGGUUACACUAAGGUACAUGAGUAUUACAUAUAUGUUUAGCAAAUCACAAACUGUGUAUAUUGUAUAAGAUGGUUGUACCUAUUUAGUGAUAAUGGGGCAAAGCUACCUUGUUUAAAGGUACACUCAGUAAGAUGGCAUUGUCAUACAUUUUCAUACAAAAAAUGAGGACCUAAGGCUCUUUACCAAUGCGCCCUGUAUGAUAUACACAUUAAACACAAAAUAUGUAUAUACACAUUAGAAUACAAGAACACAGUCAUGGGAAGCACAAAUAAAACAUCACAAAUCAGCCAUAAAAACAGUUACAUUCAUCCACAAAUAAAACCCCAAUCAAUAUUUUAAAUUGCUCGAACGGCACCGGAACAUCAAGAUGAAAUGUAUUUUGAAUUUUGUUCCAGCAAUAAGGUGCAUUAAAAACAAAAAGCAUAUUUACCUAGCUCGCCGGAGAUCCGAGGAACCUCAAGAGUUAACCAAGCCUGUGAAUGGGUUAGGUAACUCAGGUGUCUAUACUUCAACAGCAAAGUUAGAUAAGACGAAAGUUUAUGAAGUAGGGCCUUGUAAACAACAAGGGUGUCUUCCUGCUUGCAGACAUUUUGAAUUAUGUUUCUAUCUGUGUAAGUGUAUGUUAAAUAGCUGAGUCUACCUUUAAGUUGUCUAUUGUCUUCUCAAUCUCAGUCAUGAUCUUAUAAGAUAGUAUAACAGACGCAUGGAAACGUAUGAAAUUGGAUUCGCAUUUAUUAUUGUCUGUUUUUGUCUGUCAAAAGUUCAACUCAAGUCAACUAUUUUUGGAGGAGUUUCAUACGCACAAAGGCCGUGAUCUUGUGUGUUUUCUUUCGAAAGACGAUCAUCUCGGUUGUCCAUUUUCCAUCAACGGAUGCCUUCUAUUGAAAAACCAUUGGCUCAAGCCAUAGUUUUCUCACACAAACUUCCUGUCUGGCCACAGCCUUAGUAAUUGAUCAGGGCCCAGUUUCCCAAAAGCAUCUUGAGGCUAAGUUUAUCUUAGAACCAUAGGAUCCUUGAGAUGUUUUUGGGAAACCGGGCCUUGGUAGAUUUUCUCCUCCUCUUUCUUGCCUGUUGUCCAUCCAUCAUCAAAUCAGAUCACCUACUUUCUUUAAAAACUGUCCUUCAUGUGCUUUCAUAUAUCUACUUCACAAAUGCAGUAUUUAUGCAAUACAAAUGCAGUAUUCGCUGUAAAAAAAAAAAAGGUGUGUUUUUUGUUAUAUGGAAAUUACAUUGACAAGUAUUUUUCAUGGUGCUAACGUUUAGCCUUUAAAAAAAUAUAUUGUAAUGUAUUGCAAAUGUAGUUUUAUAUGACCUCUAUAGAGUAUCAUCCUGUAGGUUUGUAAUUUAUACUUUAAUAUUAUGUACUUUUGACUUAAAACGUUUUGUCCCUUUUGUAGUUGUAUUUUUCAUAAGGUUGCAAAAUUCUGGUAACUUUCCCACGAGUCCCAGGUUUUCCAGCAACCCCGGUUGGAAGAUUCCUGGAAUCAGGAAGUAAUAAGCAGGAAAUCUGGGAAAUAUAGGAAUCGUACAACUGGGAAUUUUGGAAAAGUUACCAGAUUUUUUGUUUGUUUUUGCAACGCUAGUUUUGUAUUGUUUAUGUUUUAUUACGAUACAUUCUAUAGUUGCUGUCAUCAGUCUGUUUUAACACCAGUGAACCUCAUAAUACAGGUAGAUAUAUUGUGACCAGUGCACAUAGAGCUCUGGUUAAAAGUAGUGCACUAUGUUUUGGGAAUAGGGUGCCAUUUGGGAUGGUUGUUGUACCUAAUAAGUACUGCACCUGACACUUGGCAAUGGUAGAGAACAAUAAACAUCAGAUUUCCAAACGA